AUGCGUCUUCUACGAUUGGAUCGUGAAAAGUCCACAUGGAUUCUCGAAGACUUCCCGGGACGAGUGACUCCCUUCUACGCUAUUCUCUUACAUACUUGGGGUCGCGAAGAGGAUGAGGUGAAGUUCGAAAAUAUCCAAAGCGGACUGCGAAGAAGAUACGAUACCAGCAAGCCGGGGUACGAAAAGCUCCGCUUUUGUCAAGAGAAAGUGGAGAAGGACGGCCUUGUAUACUUCUGGAUAGACACUUGCUGCAUCAAAAAGUCGGACAGCUCCGAAUUGCAACGAUCGCUAGCAUCCAUGUUUUACUGGUAUCAGAGGGCUGCCAGAUGCUAUGUGUACCUCUGCGAUGUAUCCAUCUACGAAUCCACUGAACAUACCGAUUCCGAAUGGGAACAAGCGUUCUCACGGAGCAGAUGGUUCAAGCGUGGCUGGACGCUUCAGGAACUGAUCGCGCCAAAAUCAGUUUUCUUCUUUUCCAAGGAGAAAAGCUUCCUAGGCGAUAAGAAGGAACUGGCAUCUACGAUCAGCACCGUUACUCGCAUUCCCCGUCCAGCUCUCGAAGGAGUGGAACUGUCGCGCUAUAGAUGGGACGAGCGGAUGUCUUGGACAUUUGGCCGCGUUACGACAGUCCCAGAAGAUUCUGCUUACUGUUUGAUCGGUAUCUUCGAUGUGGAGCUAAACAUGUUGUACGCAGAGGGCGACUACCACAAGAGGCAGGGUGCAGCCAUGAGAAGGCUUCAACGAGCCAUCCAAGUGGAGGAUACGGAAUCUGAACGAGCACAAGACAUCAUACGCAUUGGUGGCGCAUCUUGGAGUGACCUGGUCACAUUGAGCGAGAAGGAUCUGCGACAGAUGGACCUCGACCUUGAAGCAUAUCAGGAGUGGCUGCUUUUCGAAUUUCCAAAGCAACACAAUGAUGGAUUGACAAACCUUACCAACAUUUCGCAGACUGCAGGCAAACGGAUGAAGGACUUGCUAGCAAAGCACGGGGUCCGUUACCAAGAUCUGACAGAUCUUGGGGCUAACGUAAAAUCUUGGGAGAAGCCGUGGGCCGUUUACAAGGACGAGAGGGCCACUGCUCAAGCUCGAGUGCAGGCGCUGGUACAAAAUCGGUGGUACUGGACAAAGAGGAAUGAGGACGUGUUUACAGGCAUCACUGCAGCUAGAACGUUUGAAGAUCUGAUGAUUUGGAGGGGAAGGUGGAAAAUUUAA